AUGCUUGGUUUCUUUUCCAGUGCGCCAAAGGCGCCCCGGCGCGUACCGGUCGACUUGGUUGUACCGGUGGGCUUCUUUGACGACACUAUUAUCUUCAGAACGUUUGUGUUAUACACGCUCUUUGUUUUCGACGAUGUAUUAGAGCCUCAAAAACUGCGCACCUCUCUGGAGCAUGUUGUGAGCCGCCCUGGUUGGAAUAAGCUGGGUGCUCGGCUGAGAAGAAAUGAUCGUGGCGAAAUUGAGCACCAUAUCCCCACCAUCUUUUCCCAAGAUCACCUAGCAGUGGGAUUUGACCAUGUAAGCCUUGACGCCUUGGCCGUGGAAGACCACCCUGGAGCAUCAUGUAUACCCCAUCCUCCGCUCAAUGACCGACCAGCAAUCGUAGGAGAUCCUGAUAAUCUCUCGGCGCUCAUCUACAGCAAUGGAGUACCAAGAACUCUUGAUGAUUAUAUCUAUACCGACCGUCCUCAGCUUGGUCUGCGUGUUGUCUCGUUCAAGAAUUCGACAAUCGUUGUCCUCCAUUGGAUACAUCUCACUUUUGACGCAACAGCCAAAGGGACUCUUCUCAAUGCCUGGAUGUUGAUGCUGCAGGGCAGAGAGAACGAGAUUCCAGAGCCCCUGAGCCCCCACGAAUAUAUUCUGGAGCACUGUGGCAAGAACCCAACAGAACCUCAUGUCCUCGCCGAACAUCAUAUGUCUAAGUUUGGCCUAGUCUGGUGGCUGCUUCAAAAUUCCUACAACUUAAUGUUCAAGAAGCAAGAACAUCGCGUGCGAGAAAUGCGAGACCCCAUUCUUGAGCAAGGAGAUAUUCUCGUUGAUUGGGUGUCUCGAUUGGCAAUUGCUAAUCCUCCAGAGGAUUCGGAGAAACCUUUUGCUGUACAACAAGCAUAUGAGUGGCGGCCGAUAUUGAAGGAUUUGAUACCAGAAAAAAGGCCAUUCCUCAGCAACUGCGUUGGCUUUCUCGUUACUCUUAUGCCAGCUAAAGAUGUGCUUCAAAAGCCGCUCAGCCACCUUGCUGCACAAAUACGUCGCUCGAUUAAGGAGCAAGGCUCUCGCGAACAAGUUGAGGCCUAUACAUCACUGAUCCGACUCGACCCGGCCAACAGGGCGCCUCCAUUCUUCGGCAGUAGCUCGAUGCAGUUGCUGAUGUUUUCCAACUGGCAAAAAGCCAACAUGUACGGGACCGAUCUAUCAGCCGCGGCUGUCACGCCGCGACGCACACCUCUGAGACCCUCCUAUGUCCAGAGCGUACAGGGCCCAUACAACUUCUCCGACGGAAUCAUCAUCGUGGAGAAAGAUGCUGAAGGUAACUAUUGGCUCUCUGGAAACAGAGCAAAGGGCCUCUGGGGAAUGAUGAGGAAGAAAAUGGAGGAUGAGGUAAUCUAA